GUUUCCCUUGGUUCGAGGAAAGCGAAAGACACUCAAAGAUUAACUCCAACGCGAGGAAAGACACGACUUCUCAAAGACUUUUAACUCUGCCACUCACUAUUGUUUGAUUAAAAUUUGACCUUCCUGUUCCUCGUGGCCUGUCGACGGACUGGAAACGUACUAAUUUGUUACAUUCUGUGAGUGUGCACGAAGCGGAAGCAAUAGCCAGCGUCAACCCUACUUGUGGUUUGUUGGACGGACGGGCGCGUGGCGUCACGGGGCGUUUUGGAGAUGCAGAUCCGCCUGUCGUUGAGACGGCUGCCCUCCUUGGUUGCACUGAUGCAGGGGUUUGUCCUCGGCUUUCUGCUGGUCCUGUGGUCCCGGAGCGGCUGUUGCCUGCUGGUUGCGGCGAAGCAGCACGCGACUGGCCUGCAAAGGGCUACUAGUUUGGUUGUGCACGACGGGAACGCGGGGUCACACGCUGAUGGACCGAAAACGUCACUAAACCUGGUGGACGCCGACGAUGUCGUCGACGAGUUACCGCAACACGCAACUUUGCAUAUUCCCGAUGAAUUUUCAGAGAGCGCCGCGGCGCCUGACCAGGAGGCGGAGAACCAGGGCAACGCGCUUCUGCAGCGGCAGGAGGAGUUGCGGAAGCAGGAGAAGACGUUGGAGAGCAGGAACGACAUCACUAGCGGCUCCGCACUUGCUUCUGGAUUGCCGUACCGGGAAUCCGCGCACGCGAUGACGAAUCACGAGGCUUUUAUCGCGGAACAUCUGUCGCUGGUGCCUUUGGUCGGGCUUCCUGCGUCGCUUAUGGGGACUAUCAUGCUCACUGGCGGUAGUCCCAUCAUCGCAUCCAUCGUUGGGUCCUAUGUCUGGCUUCACGCAUUGGCUACUUUGUUCAAGGCCCGGAAGCACUACGCGGAGCGGAUCGCCCAAGUCAUCGAGGGCACGGGACGGGCUUUGGAAUGCGAGUCGCGACACCGGCAGGGGCAGGGGAUUGUUAAAAGGCUCCUGUUUGCGGGUCAAGAUAGCACGUGCCUGAGGCACCUUGACCGGGUGCCGCACCCGGUGCUGCGCCGGCACCUGUACCUCACACUGUUGCCGCUUGGCGAUUUCGCCACUCUCGACACUCUGUACAACAGCGACGAUGACAAGGAGCAUCCAAAUACCUACACGCCAAAUAUGGAAUUCUCGAAUGUUACAUUGAUAUCUCUAAACACGAAUUUGCGAUGCAAGAAUAGCGAAAGGUAACGGCGUAACAAGUAGCUUGCAUGUGGUCUUGCAUAUACAAAUUUGGAACGGAUUGCCAUGGCAAGUAUCUGUUCGAGAAAGUGUCAUGCGAAGUAGUCACUGAUCCUGAUCGUGUGGAGGCUCACAGGGGUUUUGCAUGAUGGCAAAUCAUGUAAAAGGGAUCAAUGUAACAUUGAUUUGAGAGUCCCAUAAGGGGUGACGUGCACGAAAAUGUCGUGAAAAACGCGCACGACAGUGACAGCGACAUUGACGACUUGACAGCUUCGUACCGUCCCUUCGGGCCUCUGACCGAGUACUUGGCGAACAAAACUCUCGCUGGGGAGGACCUCCAGUCCGCGGAAGAAUUCCUGGGGCUGCCCGCGGACCUUUCACGGCAGCGUGCCCGCACGGGAUCGGAUGUGUUGCUGGUGGGUCAGGACGGGGACCCGCGCAACCCCGUGGCCGUGUGCGUGAAUUUUAAGCUAAACCGCAACGCUGCUUACCGCACGUGGGAACUGGACUGCGAAAUUCUGCCACUCGCGCCGAAGGAAACGUACAAGUCGUGGCCGGUUCCGUACGCGAAGGACGUCGGACAAAUUUUCCGCGUGCGGCUGCAACGGCGGUGGCAUGCGAACGAGAUGCUUGCGCGGACGGUACGGAGCGGGUGGCGCGAUUACUACAGUACCUUCAUCCCGGCCGUGGAGGUGCCGGCGGGCGGACUGCUUGGGGCAACAAAGAGCCUACACUUCGACACAACGGGAGGAGUUCGCUUUCCCGUCCUGACCUGGUCGCGACGCACCACAGCAGCGAUGCCCGCGUUUGGAAAAUUUUUCGCGUCCAGAGCAGGGCACCAUGAGCACACACGUAUGGCGGAGAAUGAAAACGAGUACCGUCACUCCUGCCACGGAUCGCCACUACACUACUCGAAGUGGUACGUGAACACGUGGUCGAACCGUCAUGGGGAGCUGCGGUACGGCACGCACGACAAGGAGAAGGACGCGGUUGCCUACGCGGAAAACGGCUUUUACGAAGCGGACUUCCUGCCGGAGCCGGACACGUCGAAGAGUAAGUGCGGGAGGCUCGAAGGCGGUCAGUGCCGGAUUUGGAGCUGCUUCGCCGUCCGGAAGCCGGAGGCGCUGCUGACACAAGAGGAUGUGGUGCCGCUCCUUCUAACGAACGCGGAGCGCGCCGCUUGGGUCCAGCAAGCCAGGAAGGAUGGAAAAACGGACCGUGCCGGCCCCGCGGAACACCAUCCGAUCCCGAAGUUAUCUCCGCGAAAAAAUACUAGCACUGGCAUAUCGCAGUUGGUAGUUCUUCAUGUGCAUCACGUUGUCUAAAAUGAAAAAGCGAAAAAAUCAGAGAUAUCUCCUGGCACCAUGGUCGAGCCCAAGGUAGUAUGCAUCUAUUGAGACACAAUGGAAGACCAAGACGGAUUCAUUUUUCCUUUGUGGUGUGGUUGUUUGAUUUCGGUCCACUUGCACGUAAUCCCUAUUUAAACAAAUUUAUGCACGAAAACGCAAGAUCAUUUUUUCGUACCGCAUAGAAGUACUCAGUGGAGAAAAAAGAGGAGAUUGUGAAGCAGAAAACGAAAGAGGCCGCGGUUGCAGAACAACCAGUAUUUUUUUUUCUUGUUUUUGCAGGUUCAUUUACUCUAGGUUCUGGUUUUCGAGUUUUCGUCUUUUCGUAACGUACUGACAAGCUGCAAACUGCAGAGCACGCGCGAGCUGACGGGCUGCGAGCUGCGCAGCUUCGCGAACUGACGGACCGCGAACGGCGCAGCCGCGCGAACUGACGGACCGCGAACGGCGCAGCUGCGCGAACUGACGGACUGCGAACUGCGCAGCUGCGCGAACUGAUGGACUGCGAACUGCCUGCGCAGCUGCGCGAGUUGACGGGCUGCGAACGGCGCAGCUGCGCGAACUGCUUCCGCGCUCGCGGGGCACUGAGUAAAUAAAACCAAGGCGUGGCGCUGCGCUUUUUUCGUGUUUGGGAGCCAUCGCCGAAGUGGCUGCCCGCGGUGGGGCGCUAGUGGGCUGCGCGAACUGCCUGCGCAUUUUUUUAGGCAACCCGUGCCGACUGGAAUAGCCAGGGGAAAAGAGAAGGCGGGGGGCAGUAGGGCGGCGGCCCAUUGGGUAGUAUGAACGUGCAAAAUGCAAAGCCGGACAGCCUAAGCCAUGACAAAACUUUUACCCUAAAAAUUUUUUUUUCUUGGGUGCCCGGUUUUGCAUUUUGCGCUCUAUGGCCUAGGUUGUCCGGUUUUCUUUGUAUUUUGUGCGCCCAUAUUGAAUAGAACGCAAGAAAAUGGGGGGGGGGGAAACGGGGUAACACAUAGCCUGGGCGCCCCGCGCUCUUUUGCUCGACCUCCUUCCUUUCUUCGCUUCUCUAUCUUCCCGCCCUCUUCCGCUUUCGCCCGCCACUCCUUCUCCCCCCCCGCCCUCAGGCAGUUCGAACCCCCGGGAAGGAAGAGAAUUUGUCUUUUCUUGUCAGUUCGAACUCCUGGAAAGAAAAGAAGUUCUCUCUUCUUGUCAGUUCGAACCCCUGGAAAGCAAAGAAGUUCUUUCUUCUUGUCAGUUCGAACCCCUGCAAAGAAAAGAAGUUCUCUCUUCUUGUCAGUUCGAACCCCUGGAAAGCAAAGAAGUGUUUUCUUCCAUGUAGUUCGUUUUAUCAUUUGUGUAGUACUAAGUUUUCAGAUUGUAGCUCGUUUAGUAAUGUUGUAAAACUCGAAAACUGGAACCACUAUAAUUUACUAGAACUAGAAAAAGGAAAAUUCCUGUGCGACAGGGACAGCACUUGACGUACACAAUUGGUCUUCAUGUGACCAUUCCCGUCGAUGUCAAGCAAGAAACUUAUUUUCCAACAAAAACUACAGACUGCAGCUGCCUUUCCUGCGCCGGCUGGGGAAAGCGCGGCUGAGGCACCGGCAUCGAUGACUCCCACUCAGCAUGCACGUACGACAUCGAGUACGCGAGCUGGUGAAAGUUCCGCGGACGUCACGCCCGCUGGUGAGACUGCGGGUGCAGUCGUGAUGCCAACUGGUGACACAUCUACCCUGAUGACCGAUGCAGGCGUAGCCGCCACCGCAUCUUCGGCUGAAAGCGGUGAUGCAAAGAAGCAAAAUACGUCCGCGGCGGGUGGUGAUACCACGCAGGAAGAAGUUGCUUCGGCUGAUGCCGGGACGACGCACGAAGUAGCUGCGUCCGGAAAGACUGUUCCGAAGAACGCUUCGUGAAUGAAAAUCGCACGGUGACCACCGUGCGUGCGAAAAGGAGGAAAAAGCCAAGUUGAAAGAAACAAAGAUUUGUUCCCAUUCGACGUUCUGAUACAUUACUUAGGAUCACUUUACUCAACAAAGUUGGAUUUUAUUUUUAACUUUUACCGUUUGACCGAUAAAAAUACUGUAGAAAACAUCACUCACAUUCGGAAAAAAUUGGAAAAGGACACCCACUUUUCUUCUACGUACUAUUUGCAGGAAGCGCGUUCGCAGUGCUGUUGGUUUCUCACAAAAUUGAAACCUCAUUUAGCAAAUCACUUUUUCACUUGAUGCAGCUUGAUGUGGAAUCGCAAUUGUGGCGGAAGGGAGUUGCAGGUAACGUGUUAUUAGGAGAAUACAUCGGACUCAUCUUGGACUUGUUUCUGGUAGUCACAGUUUCAGGUGCGCGAUGUGUUUGUUUGAUGUUUACGCCUUAGCUUGAUGUACACUGGUUGGAUGGCAACGUUGAAGACUUGGAUAUUGAAAACGUUUGAGACUAUUCUAGGUUUCUGUUGCUAGAUGAGGAAAACUGGACGAUG